AAAUUGAGCCAAAUCACCAAAAAUUUUCAUUAAAUUAUCUUUUUGAAACAUUUCAAUUAUCUGUUGGAAUAGUUGAUUAAAUAAUUUGAUUACUCUAGACAAUUUAUCAUUAAAUGACAGCGAUUGAUCACCAUUAUCAUUAUCCAGGGUAGAAAUUGAUUUCUUAAAUUGAUUUUGAUCAAUAUUUAGAUCAAAGGGCAAACAAUUAACGGUUAAUAAUGAGACCAGAAUGAAAGUCAUACCAAUGAAAACAGAAACAAUUAAACACGAAUUCAUUGAUUUCAUCUUGGAAACAAUUAAUUAAAUAGUAAUGAUUAACGAAUUGGAUAAUCACAAAGGUUAUAUCAAUUAGCGUCAAUCACGUAAAUGAUUAGAUGAUUAGUAAGAAUAAUAAAAGGCUAAUUGUUAAUUUAGUGUUGAAAGGGAUUAUAAACUUUUGAUUUUCUAAUUAAUUUUUUUCUUCCCCGUUUCUGAUUAAUCUUUAAAUUGUCGUGUAAUUUAGUGAUCAAUGGGAAUUGAUUUCGACCCUAUUCUAGAGAAAUGGGCGGAAAACUAUUUACUUUCCUAUGGAAUUAUGUUGAUCAUCUUGUCAACAAUUAAGAUAAUUUUCCAUUUGGUCACAAUCGCUCUAAAUGCCUUUUUCUGUGACACUUUACGGACGAAAACAUCGAUUCCUGAUUCGGUUUCCGCGUUCAAGGCUUUCAUCGAUUCCUCGGUGAUCUUUACGACGGCCAUUUUUGCGAUCAUGGGAGCAACUGUAGAGACCACUUCGUACAUCACCCUGACCUUUUACCUCUUGAUGACUCCACUUCAAGCGAUCAUGCAAAUUUGGAUCUGUAUGAAAUGGAUGUUACUUGAUGAAAGACAUUCAGUUUAUCCUUUGAUUGAGACAUCUCUCGAAUUACCAAUUGCAAUCAUUCAAUUGCUUGGAAUCAGUGUUGCCAUUCCCUUGGCCUCUCGUGAAUAUUACAUAAUUAAACAUAUUUAUGAAUUAUAA